GCGACAUCUAACGGCCAUUUAUUUAACUUAGUAAUGUCAUAACCUAAACGAUUAAUGUUUUUCGUCAAACGUUGACGUUUACAAAAUUUGGACCUGGAACAUUUUCAAAAAACCAGAAUGCUUUUAAUUUUAUAUUUGUUUUUAUCAAUUACCUGUACGAAUGUUGCAGUGGCCUGGGAUAGUGAACAACUGGAAGUUUUUGAUGUGGUAGACGAGGUUAAACAAAACUUCUACGAACUUUUAAAUAUAUCAAAGGAUGCAGGUAAUUCAGAAAUUAAAUCAGCAUUUAGGAGCUUGUCUCUUAAAUUGCAUCCAGACAAAAACAAAGAUGUAGAUACCUCAGAACAGUUUAGGAACUUAGUAUCAGUGUAUGAGGUGUUACGUAGUCCUACAAAAAGGAAGUAUUAUGAUGAGGUUCUUAUCAAUGGAUUACCAAAUUGGCGUUCUGGGCUGUUUUACUACAGAUACGUCAGAAAAAUGGGGAUGACUGAGGUCAUUGUCAUUUUAUUUGCAAUUGCUACUGUUGGACAAUACCUCAUGAAGUGGGGUGCCUAUUUUGAAAAAAAAUUGACAUUGCAAGACCAAAUAAAAGUACACAAAAAAGUGGGUCGAAAAGCUGUGUCAGAACAGCAAAUAGCAAUAGAUAUUCCAAAGCCAUCAGUAUUUGAUACAUUGCCAGUACAAAUACCAAAGUUGAUUUGGUACCUUGUAGUAUCAGUGCCCACAGCACUGGGCUUCUUAAAAGGAGCAGUUGAGCAGAAAAUUGAGGAUAUCAAGAGGCCUCCUACACCAGAACCUGAGCCAGAACCAGUUAAAGUUAGAAAUAGGACUGCAAGAAAGAGAAAUAAAUUUGUUCCACCUGAAGGUCCAAAUUUUGAAACAAAAUCAAGCAAAACGGAAAAGGUAGUAACAGAUAAUUCUUCACCUCCUCCAAUGUCAGGUGGUUUAUGGACUGAUGAUGACCUAGCAGAACUGAUAAGAUUGGUGAAGAAGUACCCGCAAGGAGCAAAUAAAAGAUGGGAGUCAAUUGCUGCAGCUCUUGGUCGCGCAGUACCGGAAGUGACAUACAUGGCCAAUAAAAUGAAAGAGAAUGGCUACAAAGUACCGACAGAGCAAGAGGAAGAGGUGCAGGUGAAAGUGAAACAGAAAACAAAGAAGGAGGUUGACACUGGCGACGUAGUCAAGAACUGGAGUCAAGACCAACAAAAGGCUCUUGAAGAUGCGCUUGCUAGAUUUCCGAAAGGGUGUACAGAUAGGUGGGACAGGAUAGCAGAACAUGUACCAGACAAGACUAAGGAGGAAUGCAUGAUGAGAUUCAGAUAUCUUGCGGAUAUUCUUAAAAAACAAAAGGAGCAUAAAGAGACGGAUCAAGAAAACCAAGAAUCAUGAACAUUUAUAUAAUAUGUAGGAAAUGUAAACUCAAGGUUGCCAAUGAAAUUGAAAUAAGCAUAUUUUACAAUUUAGUUUCCCUAUAUUGAAAGAGCGUUCCAUUGCAGUUAAAAAUAUUCUGUGAUACAUUAACCUAUGUUUUUUGACUGAUGAUAUGAUCUAGGUUCCACUUUGGUGUUGUCUAAAACAUUUAUGGUACCGUAAAUUCACGUUUACUUCAUUUCUAGGUUAUGUAACAGAAAAUAGUUUUUCGAUACAAUAAGUUUGUUGGACUAUUUCAAAAUAAUCAUGUGAUCUAGUCUACGUUGCUUUUUUCGCAGAAUGCGACACAAUUGAUUCACCUCCUUAAUGUCUUUCUCCCUACUUCUCAAAAGUUAUCUGACUACCAUAAUCACUUAUUUUGAUCCGUGUCAUUGAACCAAGGGGCGCGCGCCUCCCCGAGACGCCCAAGUCUGCCAUAUUUUUUUCAAGAAACGUUGCUGUAUCUUAGUGUAAAAUUACCUAAGACGUGCGACCCCCCCCCCCCCUAGACCUAUACCGCCCCCUUUCAGUUUUGUUACAACAGCGCUCUCAGAGGCGCUACUUACUUAGCACAGUAUCUUUCAGCAUUAGAAAACCUUGAAUGUCGAUCGCACAAUUUAUUAAUAUGCUUUAGACAACAACCAAAAUAUGCUUUAUAUUGAGUAUUAAAACUUUAAAUGAAAUAUAUAAGAUUUUAAAUAUUAUAUACAGUAUUGUGCUUGUUGUGGAAUAAAACGGUUGUUAAUAAAAGUAUGCGUUUAUUCAUAUGUAUACAUGUAAAUAUAAACAAUACUAUAUCAGA